AUGUAUAAUACCACGGCUUGUGUUAUCACUGCCAUCAUUCUCUACGUCCUAUCUUGUAUCUUGCUCACUCUUCGAGUCUACGUUCGAUUCUUCCUACUACGGAAUUCCGCGAUCGAUGAUUAUAUCGCCACAAUUGCAGCAGUUACGAAUUCUGCGCUUUCAAUCAGCUACGUGCUUGGGGUUUUACGGUACGGCCUUGGACGCGACAUACCCAGCGAGGCCUCGCAGCAUGGGCUCAAGGUCAUUCUGGUCGGAGAGCUCUUCUAUUUCCUCACGACGUACCUCGCCAAAUUGUCCUUCAUUUUUACCCUCUUCCGCAUCGUGAUCAGCAAAGCUCACAGUUACACCCUGUACCUUCUUACAAUCUCCGGCGCUGCGAUCUCGAUAUUUGCAUGGUUCUGGGUCCUGUUCUUCUGCAAGCCUGUGCAGUACUUCUGGGAGCAGGUCGUCGACAUUGAGGGUGGAGGCUCCUGCAAGUCGGUUUCCAGCCAGGGCAUUGUUAUUACCAUCCACGCCGCUUGGGUCCUCAUCGCGGACAUGACCCUCGGUCUCGGCCUCCCCAUCCUCCUCCUGUGGAACUCGAAGAUGCAUCGCAAAAUGAGAGCGUCGGUAUAUUUCCUGCUCGGGAUCAGUUCAGUAGCAAGCAUCGCAACAAUCGUCCGACUCGUCUAUCUCCCCCGCAAACCCGUCUCGGACCCGCUCAUGGCCAACCACCCCAUCAUCUUCUGGUCCAUCGUUGAAGCCGCGAUCAGUAUCAUCUGCACGGCUGGCGUGACGCUGAAGCCGCUGGUCGUUCGCCUCGGGGUAUUUGGUUCCUCGCGGUCGCGCACGAACCCGGAGGACUCGAGCACCGCGGUUCACCGCUGGGGCAUGCACCCGGGACCCUCUGCAUGGACUCAAGCGGGUGGAAGACGAUCUAUUGGGCAUUCGACCAAAUGGUACGGCGAACCGCUGGAGUUGGAAACGCGGAGUAUGCCUGGUUCGCCCGCGGACGAGAUGGGGGCGAUUGUUGUGCGGACGGAGAUUCAUCUACACCGCGAUCAUUACUAG